GAACCGCACGCGUACCCGGGGCAUAUAUAUUAUAUAAAUAUUUUAAUUUAAUUUAGUUUGUAUAAGCUCGUUCAACAUGAGAAGUUUAAUCAUCUUCGCUGCGUGCGCUUUUGUUUCAGCACAAGACUUCAACUGCCCGGAUAAGAGCGGCUUCUACGCGGACCCGUACCAAUGCGACCUUUAUUACAGAUGCAGCAAAGGUCAAGCGGAACAGAAACUCUGUCCGGAUGGCCUUGUGUUUGCGGAUGAGAACCCUCACAAAGAGCUCUGCGACAUCCCAUCAAAUGUUGACUGCGGAGACCGUAAGGAAUUACAGGAACCAAAACCCUCAAAAGGUUGCCCACGUCAAAAUGGAUACUUCAAACACCCAGAUCCCCAGGCAUGUGACAAAUUCUACUACUGCGCGGAGGGUGUUCCUAAUGAGCUCCCUUGCCCUCCCGGUCUGUACUUCGACGAAGAGACUUCCAACUGUGACUGGAAGGAUUCCGUCGCACGCACGUGUGAUCAGAUCACUAAAGAUGUCUUAGACGAUGGCUUUACUUGCCCUGACGGCGACGUCAUGGGACCCAACGGCCGCGCUCUACCUCACCCCACAUUCCCCCACCCUGAAGACUGUCAGAAGUUCUACAUCUGCCGCAACGGCGUGCAACCCCAGAAGGGCAGCUGUCCUUCAGGGAAAGUAUAUAACGAGGACACUUUCAUGUGCGACGAACCAGAGAAGGUGCAAGGAUGUGAAAACUAUUACGAGGGACAACCCACAGAAAAGAACAAACUACCGAAGAAGGCGUAAAAGUUAGAUAGUAAGAUUUAAUAAUAGUGUUAAA